CCCAGCCUCCGCCCUGGGCGUCUCGGGAUCCCCUGCUUCCGGGCCCCUCGCUCUCAGGGGCGCUCCCCUUUUGUACCGGGAGGCCGGAUGGUUGAGUGCCCUGAAGGGCCUGGCCGGGACGCGGGGUCGGCCCUGCUGGCGGGCGGCUGUAGCGGAGCCCCUGCCCCACGCCACCGCCUUUCUUCAGGUAAACAGGCGGCGGCGCGUCCUGCUUGGCCCUAGACGUCUCCAUGGUCACUCUCGCCCUCAGUCGGUCUUCACAUUAAGGAGGGCCGGGCUGGGGUUGGCCUCGGGCUGUAAACACUGCCCUUCUCGGUUGGGCGGCCGUGCUUUAGGCGGCACUAGUCUGGGAGUUGUCUUGAGGCUUUCCAGCAAGCCAUUUCCGCGCUGGGCCUCAGUUUCCCCAUCUGAUCAGUGAGGGUUUUAGAUUAGCUCUCUAAAGACCCCUGUAGCUUUACCGUUCUGUCUGUGUCUGAAAUUGGAAGGGUUGUCCCUGGUUCAAGAUACUGGGCAGUUUCACUGAAGACUUUUUGCAAAUGUGGACUUUUUAGCCACUUAAUGCACUUGGUUUCGGACAGGCUUUAAAAUGAUUCCAAGACGCGUUUGGAAACCUUACCUUAAUAUUUCAUCCCUUGCUUUUGUCCCUAGUAGUAGUCAGUCACAUCCCGCUGAGUUUUUGCAUGCAAAAUUUUUUUUGUUGUGUAUAUUUGCCCAUUUUCUCUUUGUUCCUUAGUCCAGGCCCUCUUUGCUUCACAUCUGGAUUAUUGCAACAGCUUCUUAGUUGGUCUGUGACUUCAGAAGUCCCCCGCCUCCCCCCUCCUUCCUUUAUGCUAAUGCCAAACUUAAUAUAGGAAGUCAGAAAGAGAGUUGAGUGCUUGCUUGAUUAUUAAAUGUCAAGAUGCUGUUCCAUAUGGUGGGGGAAAGUAGUGGAAGACCCACAGCCUCCAAGCAGCUUUACCCUAGGUGCUGACACUUUACCUGUGAAAAGGUAAUUGAUGAGACAGGGCUGUAUGCCAUAGAAUUAAGAGGAAGGAGAGAUGGAGGUCACUAGAGGCUGAGUGGUCAGGGAAGGCUUAGCGAGGAGGCAGGAUUUGAGCUGGCUGUUAAAGGAUGAGUAGGAUUCAGCUAGGAAAAGAGGAAUUGGGCCCAGUGAUCUGAUGGAGUUAGUGAAUAGACCAGUCUCCUUGUAGAUACGUGUUCAUCUAGGAAGGCAAUAGGAGGAAAGAUUGGUUGAGGCUUGUUCCUGAAAGAACUUGAACACUAGGCCCACAUUGAAGCUAUUUGAAAGGCAGUGGUGAGCAGCAGGAGACUCGGGUGGUUUGUGAUGAUUUGCAGGAGGGGAAAGGAGACGCUAGGGGCCAGAACAGCUAAGGGGCCACGGCAUUGAGUAGUGUCCUCUUGUCUGCCGCAUUGUGUCCAGCCAUUCAUUGCCCACCCUGUCUUUUCAGGACUCUCCUUGGUUUGGCUCCCCCUCACCUCCCGGCACCUUAUGGCACCUUGUUCCCUGCUUCUCCUUCUCCUUCUCCGUCUGCGCUCUGCAGAACCAAGUUUAUGACUGCCUCUAGGGCUUUGCUCCUGUUGUUUCCCCCUUCUGAAGUGCUGGCCUCCUUUUUCUUCUCUGUGUAAAUUCUCCAUUUCACUUCCUUCAAGCCCUGCUGAAGAUCUACUUCCUCCAGAGGGUGUUCCUGACUGCCCUACCCCCAUGCCUUUGUGGCACUCAGAAUCUAAAUCGCAGGAUUCUGCAUUUGUUCCUUGGUUUUUGAACUUGUGCUUGUACCAGCUGGAGUGGGAGUUCUUGUGAGGGCAUUGUGUCUUCAUACUUGUCACAGAGCCCUGGUGGUAUCUAAUGCUGUGGCCAGACUUUUCUAAUAGGUGCUCAAACAUUUCCUGAUUCUUGUUGGUAAACGACUCUUUAAAAACAUUGUGAUUCCCCUCCUUUUUAAAGGGGAAUCUGUUAUUAGUUAUUAGCUUUCUCUGUUGUAUAUUAACUUAUGUGUAAUGCUGCCAUUCGGAUAUUUUUGGCUUUCGUUCUUUUUUUUUUUUUUUUUUAAGUGUAUUUAUAUAUUUAGAGAGAGAGCUCGAGGGAGCGGGGAGGGGCAGAGAGAGAGGGAGAGAGAGAAUCCCAAGCAAACUCCAAGCCUCCAGCGCAGAGCCUCACGCAGCGAAACCAUGAAAUCAUGACCUGAGCCGAAACCAGGAGUCUGACGCUUAACCGACUGAGCCACCCAGGUGACCCGGGUUUUCAUUCUGAGAGUGCAGAUAGCGUGAAACGAAUCUUUGAAAGAUUAAAAAGUUUACUCUUGAUUAUAGGAAAGAAAAAAGCCAUGUAAUUCUUCUGUUGGAGACUGUUGGGAAAGAACGUAAGCUUUGAAACAAGAUAGGCCUGGAUUUGAAUCCCAACAAGGCUACUUACCAUCUCUGUGAACUUGGGUGGAGAAAUGAUAGGCUGCUGAACCUCAGCUUCUCUGAGCUGUGAAUUUUUGCAUGUUUCUGGACCCUCUCCAUCGAAGCACUUGUUGAUGUCAGUAUCCUGAAUCUAGAAUGCUAUCGUUAUGUUUUAUUCCCAUUAGUUUUCAUGUUACUUUGGUUUAAAUCCUGCUUCGUGUUUUUCAGACUUCUUAAUUGUACCCAUUUAAUGUUUUAUAGCUGACUGCUGAAUUUAGCUUAGUGAAGGCCAUCAACUGAAUGCAGUUUAAUUUCUAAUGGUUAUUUUCUGGUUGAUAUUGAUGGCAUGGAAAACCUCACGGAAGAAAGCGAUUCAAGAUUACGCUUCAUGUCAGUAGAAAUGGACAGCAGCAGUUUUAUUCAGUUUGAUGUGCCCGAGUACAGCAGCACUGUUCUGAGCCAGCUAAACGAACUCCGCCUGCAAGGGAAACUAUGUGACAUCAUUGUCCACAUUCAGGGUCAGCCAUUCCGAGCCCACAAAGCAGUCCUCGCUGCCAGCUCCCCCUAUUUCCGGGACCAUUCAGCAUUAAGUACCAUGAGUGGCUUGUCAAUAUCUGUGAUUAAAAAUCCCAAUGUGUUUGAACAGUUGCUUUCAUUUUGUUACACUGGAAGAAUGUCCUUGCAGCUGAAGGAUGUUGUCAGUUUUCUGACUGCAGCCAGCUUUCUUCAGAUGCAGUGUGUCAUUGACAAGUGCACGCAGAUCCUGGAGAGCAUCCAUUCAAAAAUCAGCGUUGGAGAUGUUGACUCUGUUACUGUUGGUGCUGAGGAGACAUCAGAGAGUCGUAAUGGAGUUAAGGACAGCAGCUUCUUUGCCAACCCGGUUGAGAUCUCCCCUCCAUAUUGCUCUCAGGUACGGCAGCCCACCACGAGCAGCGAUCUUCGGAUGGAGACGACGCCCAGCAAAGCUUUGCGCAGCCGCUUACAGGAGGAAGGGCACUCGGACCGAGGGAGCAGCGGGAGCGUUUCCGAGUACGAGAUUCAGAUAGAGGGGGACCACGAGCAAGGGGACCUGUUGGUGAGGGAGAGCCAGAUCACUGAGGUGAAAGUGAAGAUGGAGAAGUCUGACCGGCCCAGCUGUUCCGACAGCUCCUCCCUGGGGGACGACGGGUACCACACAGAGAUGGUGGAUGGGGAACAAGUUGUGGCAGUGAACGUGGGGUCCUACGGUUCUGUGCUGCAGCACGCAUAUUCCUACUCCCAAGCGGCCUCACAGCCAACCAGCGUAUCCGAAGCUUUUGGAAGUUUGAGUAAUUCCAGCCCGUCCAGAUCCAUGCUGAGCUGUUUCCGAGGAGGGCGUGCUCGCCAAAAGCGGGCUUUGUCUGUCCAUCUGCACAGUGAUCUACAGGGCUUGGUGCAGGGUUCUGACAGUGAAGCGAUGAUGAAUAACCCCGGGUAUGAGAGCAGCCCCCGGGAGAGGAGUGCAAGAGGGCACUGGUACCCGUACAAUGAGAGGCUGAUCUGCAUUUACUGUGGAAAGUCCUUCAACCAGAAGGGAAGCCUCGACAGGCACAUGAGGCUCCAUAUGGGAAUCACCCCCUUUGUGUGCAAGUUCUGCGGGAAGAAGUACACACGUAAGGACCAACUGGAGUACCACAUCCGGGGUCAUACUGAUGACAAACCAUUCCGCUGUGAGAUCUGCGGCAAGUGCUUUCCAUUCCAAGGUACCCUCAACCAGCACCUGCGGAAAAACCACCCUGGUGUAGCCGAAGUCAGGAGUCGCAUCGAGUCCCCCGAGAGAACAGACGUGUAUGUGGAACAGAAACUAGAAAAUGAUGCGUCGGCCUCAGAGAUGGGCCUAGAUUCCCGGAUGGAAAUUCACACAGUGUCUGAUGCUCCUGAUUAAGAUGGUAACGAAGUGCACCCAAACAAAGCACAUUAAUCAAUGCAUAUUUGUGAUUUGCUUUGUUGUAAUCUUUGGUUUUCCCAACCAUCUGGAAAUCUCUCCGUCUCUUGGCAGUUUUUCUAAGGUUUCUGGAAGGAACACUUCAUUGUGUUUAUCCUUUCCCCCGCCCUCCCUCUCCCAAGGAGCUCAAAGCAUGAAGGGCAACGUAUCCAGGGAAAACACAGGCUGACAGUAUUCCUCUUUGGCUGAACUCUUAAUCCCAAAUCUGCCAGUGAUUUAGCUAUGCCAACUGGUUGACCCUACAUUCUCUGCCAAGAGGCAUACUCUCUCGUUGUGUGCACUGGCACCAGUGCGUUUCCACGGAGAGAGACUAGGAUGCCGUCAGCUGAUACAAAUGGGUAACCUUUUCUAAUUUAAAAUUACUUUUAAGGGGUAGUUAGACAAUUUAUAUAUAUAUAUAAUAAAGCGAUUAUUAUAUAUAUAGUAUAUAUACAUUCUCAAAUUUGAUUUUAUUCUGGUUGAGGUGAAUGUAAGAGGAAUAUAUAAUUUAAUACAAUGUGAACAGGGCUUUUGACUCUGUCUCGUCCCCACCCAAUGUUAGGGUUUUGCCCCUUUAUUUCCCUUACGAAAGAAUGUUAAUAGGUUUUCAUAUAUAUAAUUCAUUGUGUCCAAAAGCAAGCAAAGCAAAUCACAGUGUUCAUAGCUCUGCUUCCUAACAAGUACAUAAACCAAAUGCCAUAAAAUGUAUUCAACUCUAGUUGGAAACCGUUUGGAAUUUUUGUUCGUUGUCCAGUAGGUAAGCUGGAUGACCCGUGGUGCUGACCUUUUUACAUAUUGUAGUGUUAUAUUAGCCAGCCCCAAAGGAGCAGUGGUUUUCAAUGUUUUUACUGGCCUACGAAUCUACCUUCAUUCCGUACUGUAGAAACACACCAGGUAACUAAAUCGAAUCACUCUACCAUGAGUUAGUACUCACACUAAAGGAAAGGGAUUUGUAGUUCUGUCUACAAAAUUCUCCAAGCAGUGUUGUGGGUUUUUUUUUUUUUUCCUCUUUUCAAACAGCUAGUUCAGGUGCACAGCAACUUUUUCUACAUGCAGUUCCCAGGGAAACUGCAGAACUUGGAAUUUGUACUUUUUGUAAAGAUAUACUCUAUGGGAAUUGCAAGCAAUAUAUCUAUCUUAGUAUUGUGUGUGCUAACGAGAGCCUCAGUGGCUCCCCCACUCUCAGUGUUUCCUGCUUAAAGAAACCAACAGUCAAAAAGCCCUCUAAGAUACUCUGUGUGUCACCAAAUCUGUGUGUGUCACCAUUUUUUGGGUCACGUGGUGCUAUUUUUAUGUUAUGUAUCUUUUAGGUCAGUAUAGUUGUAGAAAAUGUGAAAUCUAACGGUAAUAGUGAAUUACAAUUUUUUUUCUCCUCUCCUGAGUUUCUAGCUUGAAAAGAGACCUCAAAAGCAUGUGCUUGCUGGCAAACACAUUACUGUCUCAAAACAUACCUGAGUCCUAUUUGAAAAAUGUCUUGUCAGUACUUUCGAAGUGUCUUCAGCUCUGUAGUUUGUUUACCCGUCUGCUUCUAGUAAACAAAACAGGCUCUACGAGUUCGCUUUGGUACUGUGCACCCUGACAGAGUACUUUCGGAAGCAAUUUGACGGUGAGUUUGUGCUGCGGGCCGCCCUGCCCGUAGGAUGUCAGCGCUCCAGACUCCCUGCUGGAGAACCUUGGCUCUGAAGCCCGCAGCCAGUACGUCUCCCCAGGAGAACGGCACAAACCACCCAAAAGAAAAAUAGGCAUAAAAAGACACAACUCGAGAGGCUUAGGAGUUGAAGGAGUACAGAAAUGGACGUUUGCUGGUUUUCCAUGCUUUUUUGGCUCUUAAGAUACCAAGAAUGGUGGGAGGUAGGGGGUGUUCGGGGGAGGUUUUGGGGGUUUUUGUUUUUGUUGUUCGUUUUCGUUGUUUGUUUUGUUUUGUUUUGUUUUGUUGAGAAAAGAAAAUCAUUCGGGCCCUUGUGUGUGCUCAGCCCCCGGGGGUGGUCGCUGUGCGGUAGCUCGUCUCUAGCACACAGGAUCUGCCUGUUCCCGCGUGAACGGCUGCGCCACACAUCAGUGUUACUACGUACAGAUGACACUCUAGUCCUGCUGCUCCCGAGGAGCGGCGUUUGCUAAAUCGGGUAUAUAGUAUGCCUUUUCCUGUCAAACUGCCUAAGUAAGGGGUGCGCGCUCUCCCUGAAGCACUCGCUCAACUCCUGUCAAAGCUGCGUGCCUCAAGGGGAGGCCGGACCCCCAGUGUUUACCCACUUAAAUAUGUUCUGGGGUUUCAGGUAAACGUUUGUGAUUUUUUUUUUUUCCUUACACGAAUACGUUGGGUUUUGAUUUUUCUUUUAAGAAUUAAAUGCAAAAAAUUUGUGUGGUGGUAACAAGUUAAGUUCGUGACAAGAAACGCCCAAAUGGAGGACAUGAGAGGUCAGGCUCAGGGAAGGAACACCUCCUUUUCACUCAGGCUUGGGGCCUUCCGAGAGGUUUCCAGAGCAUUCCGCGAUAGAUGAGACAAGUCAGGAGGGGAGAGCACUUGGGGCAGGUACCUCGAAUAUCCUGGUUCUUGUCACCGUUGUCAGUCUUAACCUUAUUUACAUGGAGUUCUUUGUAUUUGUCAAUUUGUUUCACUGGUUUGAGUUUACCAAAGAGUGACUUAUCCAAAAUUGUCUUUGACAAAACUAUACAUUGCUUUGAUUGUACAGUUCAGGUUCAACCAUUGUAAUGGGACUGUUAAGGGGCAGAAAAUUGAUUGAGUUUCUCUCUAAGAACCAUGAUUCCGCAUUUUGCAAGUUCCACUUGCUCCCAUUCAUGUUGCUAACACUUUACCCUUUCCACUGCUAGCAGUGUUAAGAAUGAAUUCUCAAGCCAUAACCCAGUACUGUAAGGUUCCACAGGGCUUCGAGGAGGCAGCGCGUAGGCCAGCACCGAGCUGGGUAGCCUCUCUGAGCGAGCACGCUGUCGUGUUUCUCGGCGUGCGUGGCGGGUGGAAGGUUAACUCCAUUCAGAUCGGGCAGCAGCAAUCAAUUGUGCCUUGUCACAGGAGGAUGUGCCAGGAGGAUUAACAUGGCCACAGAACAGAAACGUUCUCUCCCCGAAGUUCCCUCCACGUCUCCGCAGACGAAGUACGCUGUGUAACUCAGAGCAACUCUUUUUUUUGGAAAGCAAAGUCCCUAUCUCUGUACAGGUUUAGGUUAGAUGUUUCGUUUCUAACAGAUGCAAAAACCAAUUCAGAUAAAAGCGAUCUGUGAAGAAAUCUUUUACAGCAAAACAUAUCCUGAAUUCAUACAGGUCUGUUCAUAAUUGAGUCUCUCCUUGAGCUACCUUUUCAAAUACGUAGACAAUGUGAAGACAGUGACAGCGUCCUUUUUUCUAUAGGUGUUUAACCUGCUAUUACAAACUGUGAAAACAAAGAAUUUUAUACUUUACUAACGUUUGUGGGUUUUAAACAGUUCCUUUCGUUCUGAUCAGUUCUUUCCCCUCUAAUUUCUACUAAAGCUGUAAAUACAUUUAGAAAUUAUAUUUGUAAAUACAGCACACGAAGACAAGUUCAUUUUUUGGUUAGCGGAAAGCCUCCCAAUUGGCUCUGCUUUGGCAGUUUUGGUUUCGUGUGUGUGUGCGCGCGUGUGUGUGUGUGUGUGUGUGUGUGUGUGUAUGGUUGGUUUUGUUGUGUGUGUGUUUGUGUGUUUUGGUUUUUUUUUUUAAUACAGCAGAAAGGAUACUGUCGGUUCACUGUUAAGCAGAAUAUACUGUAGAACUAAAUCGAAAAAUUUUCAAUCUUCCAGAGCAUGAGUAGAUGUCUUUUCUCAUGACAGCAGUUAUAACCAAGUCUUUGUUUCUCCCUUAGCCCAGACCAUAGGCCUGCAUAUGUUCGUGUGCGGUUUUGUUUUUACUUUUAUUUUGACGGCCUAGACUCUAGGAAGAAUUGGCAGGAACACAAAACAAGGGCUGGGGGUGGGGGUGGGGGUGGGAAUCAUCUCUGUGAAUGAGCUUUACUUUCAAGAAAUCAAUGUAUUUUAUUUUAACAACUUUUUCUAUUAGUUACUGUGAUUUUUGUUGUUGUCUUUGUUAUUGUUAAAUUCUGUAAUGGUUUCCUGUGAAGCCUCCACUGAAAGGGACUCAAAUAUGCAACACCUAAACUAUUUUCCAAGGGCACAUGCCCCUUGAAUGGUGCUUCUAGACUGGUCAGGGUUAUUUAUUAAAUUUUAUAUAUGAAAGUAUUGGGGAAUUAUGUAAAUUCUUUAUAUGGAACUAUCUAGUUCAUAAAUCAUAGAUUUCAUAUUACUCAGUGCAACUGAACUGAACGUUCAGAAGAGUCAUUCACAUUGUUCCAAAUUUGUAAUGGUUGUCACACGCCACACACGUCUUCUUCAGUAAGUGCCAGAGCGUUCCCACUGUUUCUGCCCAGUGCCCGACUUCUCUGCCCGGAAGAGGACCUUGUUUCCCCCGGUUCCCCUCUGGGGCUGGCACAGACAGGGAGGGCUACCCUAGUUCUGGCUCCAGCCCUGGAGUAAGCCUUGCAGCAGAUUCAGUAACCAGACCUCUUGCUGCCCCUCGGUGACGAGUAUGCUGUGAAUUCAACCUUUGGACUUGCCACCCAAGCCCUUGGUUGCUGCCCUGACUAUAUAGUAAGAGGUAAACUUACCUGGUUUCUUUGAGAAUGACCAUUUUCCUAAUGUGAAAACCAUCUCUCUCACCACUUUUAUUAGUAGGGCUAACAUUUUUUUCCGUUAUAAAUGGUUGAGCAAUUUGAAUGACUUAACACAGUGUCAUUAUCUUGCAAUAUAAACUGGUAACCUCACAAGUCCACACUUCAUCGCCAUAUGAAGUAAAUGAAGCUAGCUAAGCGGAUGCUGUAUCAACUAGUAACUUGCCAUUAAGGAUUAUUUUAUAGCAUGAAUUUAAGACUAUUUAUUCAAAUGAUAUUUUACUCUUGUAUUCAUUUUGUUUUAGAUUUGUGACAUGAAUAUUUCAGUGCUGCUUAAUUUUGUUCUGAAUUCUCGUUUCUUGCUUGUAAAUGGCUUUUUUAUGGUAUAAAGUCAAUGGAAAUUGCUGUUUGUAAAUAAAAAUGCUGCUAGAGCAAAUGUG